AUGAUGUUUAAGAUUAUUAUUAAAAAUAUAUUUUCAGUAAAUUGUCAGAAAGAAGAAGAGGAAUUCAUUUGUCCCGGAGGUACUCAAGGCAACGGCAAUUUUGCUGAUCCGGCCACUUGCCGCCGCUUCUACCAAUGCGUCGACGGUUUCCCUUAUUUGAACAGAUGUCCUUCAGGUCUUUACUUUGACGAUAUAAGCAAAUUUUGCACUUUCAAAGCGGAAGCCAGAUGUGGACCAAUAGCAACAACCGUAGCUCCUGUUACUGAAGUCCCUCAGGACAUAGUCACGAUUUGCGACCCAUCAGAAUGUCAGCUGCCAUAUUGUUUCUGCUCCAAAGACGGCACACUUAUCCCGGGUGGGCUAGACCCGGAGGAGACGCCUCAGAUGAUAAUGCUCACGUUUGACGGCGCCGUUAAUUUGAAUAACUUCGACUUAUACAAGAAAGUUUUUAAUGGGAAAUUACGUAAUCCAAACGGCUGUCCGAUUCGGGGCACUUUCUUCUUAUCUCACGAGUACAGCAACUACGUCAUGGUUCAGAGCCUCGCACACGAUGGUCACGAGAUCGCUACAGGCACGAUAUCGCAGCAGCAAGGACUGCAAGACAAAGGCUACGAAGAAUGGGCUGGUGAGAUAAUUGGGAUGCGGGAAAUUCUUAACAAGUUCGCUAACAUUUCACGCAGCGAAGUUGUAGGGACUCGUGCACCAUUCCUCAAACCUGGAAGAAACACGCAGUUCAAGGUUCUAGAAGAUUUUGGCUACAUAUACGACAGUUCCAUCGGUGUACCGCCCCGUCCUCAACCCGUGUGGCCUUACACCCUCGACUACAAGAUUCCACACGAGUGCAAAUCCGGAACCUGCCCUACUAAGGCCUUCCCCGGUCUUUGGGAAGUGCCUUUUAACGCUCACUACGUCGAAUCUUACGAAGGUGGUCAUUGCCCUUACUUGGAUCAAUGCGUUCUUCACAAUCAUGAUGCUGAUGAUGUUCUAGAAUGGCUUCAGGAAGAUUUCACCAGGCAUUACGAACAAAACCGGGCACCAUACAUGAUGCCAUUCCAUACCAAUUGGUUCCAGAUCAAGCCACUGGAGCGAGGUCUCCAUAAAUUCUUAAACUGGGCUGCUAACUUGGACGACGUUUGGUUCGUAACAAUGACUCAAUCCCUGACGUGGAUGACGGACCCUCGCUCCGUGAAGUCUUUGAACAACUACGAGCCCUGGAAGUGUGACAAGAAGGAGGGGCCCAAACCCUGUAACCUAUCAAACAAGUGCGCACUGCCGUUCAAACUGCCAGAAACGAAUUUCACAGACACCAGAUAUAUGGAGACAUGUGUUGAGUGUCCUAAGCAAUACCCAUGGCUUGGUGAUUCUGGCGGUACAGGUAUACCUGGAACUGAUAACUACAUCCCUGAAAGUCUUAGCAGAAAGUAA